GGCCCCUUGUUUUAUUUUAUUUUCUCCCAUGCACCUUUGUCUGCUUCGACUCAAGUCAGUAAACACUAGGUAUGUGCAGGCAGAGCUGCCCUGGGUGUUGGAGACAUAAAAGGCACGUUAGCACCCUGUGGGAAGGAGGUGCAAAUGACAAGAAUGAGAUGGGUGCAGAGUUCAGGGUACAGAAGCAGCAGUGAGGAGGGAGAGAAUGAUUAUCUCUCUGAGAGGACAAGGAGGGGAUAAUUGAACUGGGUUCUGAAGACCGAAUAGGAGUUUCCUCAGAGGUGAUAGUCCAACAGUGGCUGGUAUUUCCUGAGUGCUUACUCUGUGUGAGGCACGAUUGUAAUUGCCUUACCAGGAAACUCUUUUAUUUCUUACUGUGACUUAGCGGUGUAGGUAGUAUCAUGUCUCGUUUACAGAAGAGGAAACCAAGGCUCAUAAAAGUUCGGAAACCUGCUCACAUGGGGUGUUAGUGGGAUGAGUCCUCAUUAGGUCGACUCCAGGGCCCCUCCACUUAAUUAUGCUGGAUAUUUGGGUGACUUUCAUCAGAUGGGGGUGAUCUGAGCUUGUCACACCCUGCAGUAAAUACCACUGACCCAGAGUGUCAUCUGAGGAUGUCUUUCUUCUCUUCUCCUUCAGGGCUUCUCAUUCUGUGGCGGGCACAGCUCAGGGUUGGUGUUAGCGUGCCUCGAAUGCCCUCACCCACUUCCUAAUCUGCCUGGUGAUUGAGAGAGACAGACAGACAGGCAGCAAAGCCCAGAAUGUUUUUUUGGGGUCUCGUUUGUAUUUAUGAUCAUGUCUUUAUGGCUGGUGAUCUGGUAUUGGGCUGACUGAAGGGAAUGAUGUACAAAUCUCCUUUUUAAGUAAACUAAAAUGAGCUGUUUUCAUUACAAAUAUUAAGCCCCUAACAAAGGUUCAGUUGCCCACAGUGGUGGCAGCCCUCAGAGCCCUGGCAGGUGGGUGUAGCACUGUGCUGGCCACACUGCAACCCCUGGGGGUCCCAGGAGUUCUCACAGGGGACAGUCAGCCCUGACAGAAGACCCCUGCAGCCCCUCAGCAGGCUGCUUUCACCUCCCACACAUGCGGACGUGAAGUUGGCCCUCCCCUCUCUUUCUGGAGGCUCUUCCCUCGCUGACCAGAGACGACGACUCUUCCUCCCACUACCCACUCUCCCCAUCCCCAAAAGGGACUCUCCUUGGGAAGCCUGGGCUUGCCCCCCAGUGGCUUUCCUGAUCCACUCCACGGCCCGCACUUGUGCCUCUGGACUCAGUUUCUCUCAACAUGAGACCGUUACUCCUGGGGCAGCAAUUGGGUUAAAGAACAAACCUUAUCUGCCAGCCCACCUUGGGUUUUCUGAUAUGCUUCGCUCCAUUAAUAGUUCAGUGAGCUGUCCUGAAUUGGACUGAUUCUCCCCCAAAUCAAUGCACUAACGAUUAUUGUUUCAGGGCCCUUCUGUGCUGCGGCAAGGCGGAGGGGAGCUUCCUAAUGGAAAACUGGAACUGCGCUGCCACCCAGAAUUGCUGUGGUGAGGGUUACAGAAACUAAAGGAUGAAUCUCUUUCUCACUGGGAGGCUCAGCAGCGCGGUCCCUGCCUUAGCCACCUGCAGUGGGAAGCCAGAGCCACACACAGAGCGGCGUGGGGUUAUCUACAGCCCGGCCUGGCCCCUCAACUACCCGCCGGGCACCAACUGCAGCUGGUACAUCCAGGGCGACCGUGGGGACAUGAUCACCAUCAGCUUCCGCAGCUUUGACGUGGAGGAGUCCCACCAGUGCUCCCUGGACUGGGUCAUGCUGGGCCCGGCGGCCCCGCCCCGCCAGGAGGCCCUCCGGCUCUGCGGCUCUGCCAUCCCGCCCGCCUUCACGUCUGCCCGGGACCACGUCUGGAUCUUCUUCCACUCCGACGCCUCCAGCUCCGGCCAGGCCCAGGGCUUCCGCCUCUCCUACAUCCGAGGGAAGCUGGGCCAGGCGUCUUGCCAGGCAGAUGAGUUCCUCUGCGACAACGGCAAGUGUCUGCCCGGCCCGUGGCGGUGCAACAGCCUGGACGAGUGCGGGGACGGCUCAGACGAGGGGAACUGCUCCACGCCCGCCUGGGAGCCACCGGGCAGCCUGUGCCCCGGGGGCACCUUCCCUUGCAGCGGGGCGCGCUCCACGCGCUGCCUGCCGGCCGAGCGGCGCUGUGACGGCUCACAGGACUGCGGCGACGGCUCCGACGAGGCCGGCUGCCCGGACCUGGCGUGCGGCCGGCGGCUGGGCAGCUUCUACGGCUCCUUCGCCUCCCCAGACCUGUUCGGCGCGGCCCGGGGGCCUUCGGACCUUCACUGCACGUGGCUGGUGGACACGCAGGACCCGCGCCGCGUGCUGCUGCAGCUGGAGCUGCGGCUGGGCUACGACGACUACGUGCAGGUGUACGAGGGCCUGGGCGAGCGCGGCGACCGCCUGCUGCAGACGCUGUCCUACCGCAGCAACCACCGGCCCGUGAGCCUCGAGGCCGCCCAGGGCCGCCUCACCGUGGCCUACCACGCCCGCGCCCGCAGCGCCGGCCACGGCUUCAACGCCACCUACCAGGUGAAGGGCUACUGCCUGCCCUGGGAGCGGCCGUGCGGCGGGGGCGACGCGGGGGACCAGGGCUGCUUCUCGGAGCCCCAGCGCUGCGACGGCUGGUGGCACUGCGCCAGCGGCCGGGACGAGCAGGGCUGCCCCGCCUGCCCGCCCGACCAGUACCCCUGCGAGGGCGGCGGCGGCCUGUGCUACGCGCCCGCCGACCGCUGCAACAACCAGAAGAGCUGCCCCGACGGCGCCGACGAGAAGAACUGCUUCUCCUGCCAGCCCGGCACCUUCCACUGCGGCACCAACCUGUGCAUCUUCGAGACGUGGCGCUGCGACGGCCAGGAGGACUGCCAGGACGGCAGCGACGAGCACGGCUGUCUGGCCGCCGUGCCCCGCAAGGUCAUCACCGCCGCGCUCAUCGGCAGCCUGGUGUGCGGCCUGCUGCUCGUCAUCGCCCUGGGCUGCGCCUUCAAGCUCUACUCGCUGCGCACGCAGGAGUACAGGGCCUUUGAGACCCAGAUGACGCGCCUGGAGGCUGAGUUCGUGCGGCGGGAGGCGCCCCCCUCGUACGGCCAGCUCAUCGCGCAGGGCCUCAUCCCACCCGUGGAGGACUUCCCCGUCUACAGUGCGUCCCAGGCCUCGGUGCUACAGAACCUGCGCACCGCCAUGCGGCGACAGAUGCGCCGGCACGCCUCCCGCCGCGGGCCCUCCCGCCGCCGCCUGGGCCGCCUCUGGAACCGGCUCUUCCACCGGCCGCGGGCGCCGCGCGGCCAGAUCCCGCUGCUGACCGCCGCGCGCACCUCGCAGACGGUGCUGGGCGACGGGCUCCUCCAGCCCGCGCCGGACGCCCCGGCACCCCCUACGGACACAGGCGGCCCCGAGGCAGCUGGCGGGGGCCCCCCCGGCGCCCCCGGCCAUGCGCCUGAAGGGGGACCUUCAUUGCCGCUGCCCCCGGGCCUGGGGGUCCCGGAGCGCAGGCCGAGGAACAAGGACAGGAAGGGCCGUGGGGGACCUUUGGUGGGCAACCUGGCCCCGCCGGACACAUCCCGGGAGGCCUGCUCCGCCCAGAACCCCCAGCUCUCUGCUCCCACUGCCAGCGACACCCUAGGCCCCCAUCCAUCAGAGCCACUGGGUGUCUGCAGGAGCCCCCUGCCACCCUGCUCCCCAACGUUGGAGGCCAGUGACGACGAGGCCCUGCUGGUCUGCUGACCCCCGGACACGCUGGUGACCGCCGUAGCCCCGCUUUGUAACCAGGGAAUACACAGUCGUUUCUA